AUGUUGCCUACUCCAACAGUAAAGAAUAUCGACUACGACGAAGUAUAUGAACCCUCUGAAGAUUCAUUUUUAUUAUUAGAUUGCUUUGAGAAAGAAAAGGAUUACCUACAAAGUAAAUUCAAAACUGUUGUACCUUUGGUUACAGAAAUCGGAACAGGUUCAGGAAUAGUCACUACAUUCGUUGCUAAACAUAUAGUCCCAAAUGGCAUAUUUUUAACAACAGACAUUAAUCCACAUGCAUGCGAAACAGUUUUACAAACAGUGAAGCACAAUAAUGAUAUUGGCAGUUCAAAUUGCCUACUAGAUUCAACACAGAUGGAUCUCACCUCUGCCAUCAAAGAGCGAGAAGUUGAUUUACUUAUAUUUAAUCCACCAUAUGUCCCAUCCUCAGAGAUUCCAGAGAUUCCGAGAACUAACAACGAUCCUGUAUGGUUAGAUUUAGCGUUGGUCGGAGGUGAGGAUGGCAUGGUUAUCACCUGGAAGGUUUUAAAUAACUUGACUAAUGUUCUCAGUAAAAGUGGUGUUGCUUAUAUACUAUUUUGUGCAAGGAAUAAACCAGAAACAGUUACCUCGAUAAUGCAGCUGAAAGGCUGGAAUGUUGAAGUAGUGAUAAAUAGAAAAGCUGGGUGGGAGGUAUUGAGCGUGUUAAAAUUUACUAGAAUAUAG